AUUUAUAGUAUUAAAAUCGAGAGAAUAUAAAACUAGCAGGGGUGUCGUGGGAGGAGCUCCGCCACAAUGAUCUACCAGCACAGCAACUCCAACGGCACAUCGCAAGUAUGGCCGGGGACAGUGAGACGCAUCUAAAGGACCGUAGCGAGAAUGCCAACAUUAUUCGACAACCUUUUCUCAUCGGGGUCUCCGGAGGCACCGCGAGCGGCAAGUCGUCUGUAUGUGAGAAAAUUAUGGAGCUGCUGGGGCAGAACAAGAUUGACCACCACCAGCGGCAGGUGGCGAUCCUCAGCCAGGACAGCUUCUACAAGGUGCUGACUCCGGAGCAGAAGGCCAAGGCACUGAAGGGCCAGUUCAACUUUGAUCAUCCAGAUGCCUUUGACAAUGAGCUGAUCAUGCAAACACUCAGACAGAUCCUGCAGGGGAAGACAGUCCAGAUCCCAGUUUAUGACUUUGUGACUCAUUCCAGGAAAGAGGAGUUUGUUACGGUGUAUCCGGCUGACGUGGUCCUAUUUGAGGGUAUCCUCAUGUUCUACUCACAGGAAAUCAGAGAUCUGUUCCAGAUGAAGCUGUUUGUUGACACAGAUCCAGACACACGGCUCUCACGCCGAGUUCUAAGAGACAUCAGUGAGCGUGGAAGAGAGCUGGAGCAGGUGCUGGUUCAGUACAUUACUUUUGUGAAACCGGCCUUUGAGGAGUUCUGUUUACCAACAAAGAAGUAUGCAGAUGUGAUUAUUCCACGAGGAGCAGAUAACCUUGUGGCCAUCAACUUGAUAGUACAGCACAUCCAAGACAUUCUGAAUGGCGGGCUAAGCAAACGUCACAAUGGCUGCAUGAACGGCCACAGUACUCCACGUCAGCGGCGGACCUCCGAGUCCAGCAGCCGGCCUCAUUGACCUCGUCACACCUCUCUUCACAGAGCGGAGAGGGGUGUGGGGGUUGCGCUGUAAAUAAUGCCUGUUGGCAUCGCUGUAUUUAAGAGAGGAGAAAAAAAAGAGAUGCAAAAAGAAUUGAAAUGCCUUUUAUUAUCAUCAUUAUGACUACUCUAGAUAUUAGUUACUUUCCUUGUAAAUGUUGAACGUGGGUUUCAGAUUUUUUGUCAGGAGGGUCAAAAGUGAAGCUGGUGUUCUCCUGAUGAGACCAUGGGUUAAAAGUGACCCCAUGCAUUUUCCUCCCAGAUUGUAUUUUGUUUUUUAUGUAUCCCCUGCUGCUCUGUGGAAAUUCAUGCUGACAGUGAAUAAAAGAGGGGGAACCUUUCUAUUUUUUAAUGUCUGAUAAAACUUGAAACCCUAAUGGCUGGGGCGUCUGAUAAAUGUUUGGGUCGG